AUGUCUAACUACCUUGUCCCUGGAACGUACGAGAUUCUACCUAAGCAUAAUCCGGAAAUGAGCCUAAAUGCCUGGGAGGGCGCAACAACCCCUGGCACUCCCAUCAAGCUAUACAUGAGAAUGCCAACCUCCAACAACACUCAUUUUAACAUUGUACCAGCGGGAAGCGGCUACGAAAGCCACAUCAUUUGCGCAAAAUCCGGUCUCUACUUAUGCAUGAAUGGCAUCGACCGCCAGAUCACAACCGAAAUGCGCCCUCCUACCGACAAUAAUAUCCGCUGGGUGCUUGAGUCCGUCGGAGAUGAUGCUUACGCAAUCAACAGUUGUAGUGAUGGCGGGAAUGCGCAACUCAACGUUCGUGGAGCUAAUAGAGACAUCGGAGCGGAGGUGAUUACGUGGGUUGUGUCUCCUGAUGCUGCGCACGCUCAGUUUAUUCUCAAGGCUAUUUGA